AUGGCGCGCAAGGUCGACCUGUGCCGCCUGCUGGUGGCUGCCGUAGCAGCGUGCCUCGCCGCGACGGUCCGGGCGGGGUGGCUGAGGGGCUCGGCGACGUUCUACGGCGGGGCCAACGCCGCCGGCACAAUGGGUGGCGCAUGCGGGUACGGCAACCUGUACCAGGCCGGGUACGGGACGAACACGGCGGCGCUGAGCUCGGUGCUGUUCAACGACGGUGCGGCGUGCGGGCAGUGCUACCUGGUGAUGUGCGACAGCAACGCGUCGCCAUGGUGCAGGCGCGGCGCCGCGGUGACUGUCACGGCCACCAACUUCUGCCCGCCCAACUGGGCGCAGCCCAGCAACAGCGGCGGCUGGUGCAACCCGCCGCGGCCGCAUUUCGACAUGGCGCAGCCCGCCUGGGAGCGCAUCGGCGUCUACAGCGCCGGCAUCAUCCCCGUCCUCUACCAGCAGGUGACGUGCUGGAGGCAGGGAGGGAUGAGGAUCACCAUCGGAGGGUCCAGUUUCUUCCAGCUGGUGCAGUUCUCCAACGUGGCCGGCAGCGGCUCCAUCCGGUCCGUGUCGGUGAAGGGGACCAAGACCGGGUGGGUCGCUCUGAACCGCAACUGGGGCGCCAACUGGCAGUGCAACUCGCCGCUCUUCGGCCAGGCGCUCUCCUUCUCCGUCACCUCCACCGGCGGCCAGACGCUCUACAUGACCGACGUCGUGCCGUCGUGGUGGCAAAUCGGCAUGGUCUUCGCAAGCAACUAUAAUUUCUACUACUGA